AUGUCUUCAUCGCCCCGGGACAUGUCCUCAACAGAGAAGAAUCAUAAUUCAGCACUACCAUCGACGAAUGCUUCAGAAAUCGUCAAAUCGCCAGCCUCAACUCAACUGUCUGGGCCAGACGAUAAAGCCCGAUUUUUAGAGUUGCGAAACGGCUUAGCAGGUUGGCAGUGGAGUCUUUUCCACAUAAUCGUAUUCUUUGGAGCCGCGAUUUCAGGUUACGAUGUUAGCAAUGUAUCCACCAUUCAGCUAUCCAUAUACCAGGCGUUCGGACGGAUUGAUCUCCUCCCCUGGAUCGUGACAGCGUUCUCGCUCGGUGUUUCAGCCACAAGUCCUACGAUUGACCGGAUAAUGAAGCUGGUCGACUUGAAGUGGUUCACACUCAGUUGCUGGACCGUGUUUAUCGUUGCUACUGCUGUGUGUGGAGCCUCUCCCACUAUUGAAGGCAUCAUAGUCGGUCGCAUCAUUCUAGGUGUAGCUGGAGGGGGCUGUUACUUAUCAUUGUUGAGUUACUCGACGAUCCUGGCUCGGCCCACUGAGCAUGCAAGGCUCACCGGGCUGCUAGGUAUGGGUUACGCCGUCGGCUUAUUCCUUGGCCCGGUGAUCGGAGGAUCAUUUGCACAGAACGAGCAUGCUACUUGGAGAUGGGCAUUCUACAUCGGCAUUCCAUACUCGGGCAUUAUCAUGGUACUGAUUUUUUUCGUCUUCCCGCAUGUACGAUUACGUCCUCAAGAGGAAAUUGGUAAAGGGCUGCUUCACAUAGACUGGGUGGGUGCAUUUCUGCAUGCAGCUACGCUGACGCUCUUCGACGCAGCCUGUAUUUUCUCAGGAUCCACACUGACAUGGCGCUCCGGUGUCAUCGCUCUGUGGGUGAUGUUUGGCGUCGUCACAAUUAUUUAUACUAUCCAGCAGGCAUUCAGCCUAUUUACAGAUCCAGCGAAGCGCAUCCUCCCCAUUGGCGUCCUAUCCACCCGAACCGGCUUCCUCGUUAUGAGCGCCUCAUUUUGCGCCUGCUCAGGAUACGGCGUUGCAUUAUACUAUUUGCCCCUAUACUAUGCGUUCACACGCGGCGACGACUCAAUCCAAACAGCUGUGCACAUGCUCCCCUAUAUCGGCGUUUAUAUUGCAGGAGCAAUCGGUUGCGGCAUGUUCCUGCCUGUCGUGCGUCGAUAUGCCGUCAUGUAUCUCCUGGGUGGAAUCCUUAUCGCGGCCGGGGCUGGAUCCAUGAUGUCGGUCAAUGCAAACACUUCCUUGAGUCAGACUAUGGGAAUCAGCGCCAUCCUCGGAUUCGGCGUGGGCUUGACAAUGCAGCUUGGAGUGACUGUUUUGGCGCUGGCACUGCCGGCAAAUAUUCGCAUGGACAAUUCCAUUACGAUGACUCUUACCAUCUACACCGGAACUACCGUCUCACUGGCCAUUGCGGGCUGCAUCUUUCAGAACAUUGGCUUCGGUUUUCUCUCCAAUGCUUUGCAACGGUCUAAUUUGUCAGAUUCGCAAAUACAUAACGCGCUUGCCGGACAUGAGUCCCCUGUGUGGGCUAUGCUCGACCCAGAAGCUCUAGAUGACGCCAUUUCAGCGGUGACUAAAGCCAUCAUCAGGUUGUUUUAUAUCAGCACAGUUGGAGGGGCUUUGAUGGCUAUUUUUGCCUUGAUCAUGAAAUGGGAGGCUCUUGACUUCAAGAACACGAAGACGGAAACGGAAAGAGGGUCACAACAGGCGUCUUGA